CUUGUCAUUCUAAAUGUAGGAAUUUUGAAUAAUUUAUAGGUAGUUUAAUAGAAUUCUAAAAUCAUGGCAGACGAUCCAAAUCGAGACAUUUUACCGGUGAAGGAAGGUUCUUACGCGGAUACUUGCCGUAGUAGCAUAGAUCCCAGGGAACGACACAUCGUGGGCAAACUCGAUCGUUGCGAGUUAGAGGACAAAUAUUUACGAUUACUCGAGGAGGCGCAUAACUUAAAAAAGCUUGCUAACCGGCAGGAAGAUAAAAUAAAACGAUUAGCGACGAAGUUAAUGCGAGUGACUGCCAAUACAAAAUCGUGUUCGGCUUCUUUGGAUGUUUACGAAAAUAAGAAUAAAAUAAUCGCUCUCGAGAUCGAGAAUACUAAGGUGAGAACUGAAUUCUUUCGCAAAUGAAGCAACAAAGAAAUAAUACACGAAACAUGCGGCUUAAAUUUACAUAUAAAAUUAUAGG